AUUCAAUUUAAGUUUUUUCUUUAUCAACUUAAUUUAAGUUGAAAAAUAAAAGAAGAUAUAUUUGAUACGCGUCUCUACUUGGCCCUUAUUCCAUUUCCAUUAUCAACCUCACAAACACAACACAAUCUCACAAACACAACACAACAACACCUCUCUCCUUCAUUUUCCACCUUUUCCCUUCAUAACCAAAAAUUAGAAGAAGAAAAAAAAAACAAAUAACCUUUCAUUUCAUUAUCUUCUUCUCAAUUCUAAAAAAAAAAACCCUUAAUAAUCACAAGUUUGAUAAAAAAAAAAAUUAAUAUUAUUAUUAUGGCUCAAAGAACAGAAAACGAAGAAACCGAAUUCAAAGUUCCAGAAACAAUAACCGUUUGCAUCAACAACUGUGGCGUAACCGUAACCGGUAACGCUGCAACAAACAACAUGUGUCAAAAUUGCUUCACCGCUUCAACCGCCACAACCUCAUCCACCGUCGGAAUCUCAUCUCAAUCUUCCAGAUCCGGUGUUAUUUCCGUUAAUUCCGUUCGUUCACCGAAGAGAUCUCUUCCGGAAGAAUCAUCGGAGAUUACCGAUCGUAAUUCGUCAGAUCAAACGACGAUUUCCGAGGCGAAGCGUGUUGUUAGCAGAUGCUCCGGUUGCCGGAGAAAGGUAGGGUUGACCGGAUUCCGAUGUAGAUGCGGUGAUCUUUUCUGUUCUGAACAUCGAUAUUCCGAUCGUCAUGAUUGUAGCUUUGAUUAUAAAGCUGCUGGUAGAGAAGCUAUUGCUAGAGAAAAUCCUGUUAUCAGAGCCGCGAAAAUUGUUAAGGUUUGAAAUCUGAAUCUGAUGAAAUGAAUUCGAAGAUUGAAGAACAAGAAGAAACGAUUCGAAACGUGAAAAUCUGAAAACGAAUCUAUUUGACCCGUUUUCUGAGUCGGGUUUGGGUCACACGUGUUUAAUUCGUUUUAUUUUAUUUACUUUCCAGAUUUUAUUAUAUUUAUAUAAAUAGGGAAAAAAAUCUUUAGGUUAAGAUAGAUUUUAAGAGAGGUUGUUUGUUUGUGUUUUAACGUUUUAGUGAGAGAGGAUUGUUACCAAAGAAAAAUGAAGAAUCUGAAUUCGUAUGUGUUUGAUCAUGCUUUGAUCAUUUCAUUGUUUUCUUUUACUACUAAUUGUUGUUUUUCGUUU